AAGCCAAACAGCCCUUUCAUAGCAAGCCAGCCUUGAACCUGAGUGUUGCUAGGUAGUUGGUGGAGCCUAGAAGGAACAUUAACAUGCUAACAGUGACCAAAUCACUGUGCAAGUGAGAAGUUUGUGACAGAGAUCAUCAUGGGAUGCAGAGGAAAGGGAGACCAGAGUUCCCUUCCUUCCUUCCUCCUGGGAUGCAGAAGUGGCAGGAAAGCAUUUCUUGUUGCUCCAACUACCUGUGGAGCACAGAGCAGUGGAGGGGUCACAGAACUUCGUCCGCAGGCCCGAUUGUCCUAUCUGCUGCAAGUCCUCCAUUUGAUGCAGUACGUGGCCUUCUGGGCUCUGCUCACCUCUGGAUCACCUAGGCCUGCCCUACACUGACCAGUAAUUAUUGCUGGUAAAUUGAAAGAGCGUUGGCUUACUAGAAUCUACUGACUUGGUUCCUCCUUGUAGGCAUUCAAGAUCGGCACCCACUGGGGUCAGAUAAGCCCGGUGUGACGAGAGUGUGAUUUUUGGUCCUGCUGUAGAGAAGCAAGUCCCUGAGUGUGGAAAACCAUAGCAAUGGAAACCCUAAAAUCCGAUAACAAAAAGAGGGUCCUCCCCUCGUGGAUGACAGCCCCUGGGAAUGAGAGAAAGGUUGUAUCAGUGAAGACAGCCAAGAGGAAGCAGACAGCAGCCAUUCGAGUUGGGGCAGCAACAAGAGCCCCCGCCAAGGAGACAGUGUACUGCAUGAAUGAAGCUGAAAUGGUCGAUGUGGCGCUGGGGAUCCUGAUUGAGGGCCGAAAACAGGAAAAGCCCUGGGAACAGCCGUCUCUGGUGGCCCCUGAUAAGCUGCAGCUUUCCCCUCCCUGUUCCGAGUCCCCUCACACCAGCUCCCCAGGGAGCAGCAGUGAGGAAGAAGACAGCAGGACCGACUCUCCUGCACUAGGUCUCAGCCCUGCCCAGGGACCAGAAGCUUCUAACUCUCCCUGUAGCAGAAGCCCGGAGGAGGGAAAGGAGGAGGAAGACGAGUUAAAGUACGUCAGGGAGAUAUUUUUCAGUUAGUAUGAACUGUUCGCUGCUUCUGC